ACCUCCCGCACGGGACGCUGCGCCAUGUCUGCCCUCUCACAAGAACUCCGGGACGACACCCCGACCCUAGUCCCCACCGAUUCGAAGAGUGACCAGAUGACCGACUUUCUGAAGUAUAUUGAGACCCCAGGCGGGGGCCCGCAGUCGACGACAGGGGCUCGCGAUAUUUUCCGCGCCGGGCAGAGACGUCUCCGGCAGCUGGCCCAACGCCCGAGGAAGAACCUCGACCCCAGAUCAAAAGCUGAAGAGACGGCGCGUCAGCUCAUGGCGCUGCAGGAGGGUGGAUUCCUGCCGACGCAUGUUGCCCUGUCGCCCAAGGUGGCGCCCACCAAGCGAUCAUCGCACAAAAAGAGCUUGGACUCGAGCCGUUCCUCGUCCCGGUCCAUUUCGAACCUCAGCUUCAAGUCCAGCUCCCGCAGAGACGUCGAAAGUAUUGGCCAGCCCUGGUUGAGUGACCCGUUGGAGAAGAGUGACAAAAGGGGCACCGGAGCCAGCCAUCCAUCCUCGCGGGAUCUCCGGGGAUUGACGUCGCUGGUGGAAGCGGCGGUGUCAUUUCCAGUGCAGCCGGAUGAUAUUGACCCGCCGCCUUAUCGGCCAGUUGAGGUUGCUGAGGGUGUCUUGAGCGCGAAUGAAAGUCAGAAUAACUCACCGCACGCGCCACUAGAUAAGAGCCCUCGCCGUAUGGAAUCUAUAGAAGAAGGAGACAGUCCGGCCAGCGGGCCGGAUACAGAAGAGUCUGUUUCUUGUGUGGUAGAGAAUUCAGGCGAAGGGAGAACGGUGGAUCGAGACAAGCCCGAACCUACAAAGGACGACUCUCGCCGUUCCAGCACAAAAUCCAAGGCCUCUGCAUCCGGACGAGCUACACAGCACAAGCAGACUCCACCUCCAUCAUUGAAGUUGUUUCCCGACACAAUGCCUUCGGGAGUCUCGAGUAAAGGCGCGUGGCGCAUAUCAACCGGACGUCCACCCGCACCGAACGGAUCUCUCCCUCCCGCGCCGGGAGACCGGGCUAUGGCUGAGCCGGGGGGUGAAUGCACUAAAUCGAAAGCAGACUCUGCGCCUAAAGAAGAGCAAUCUAACCCGACUGCGAGCGAGCCGAACAAGGAGACAUCGGGUGAGCCGGAAGAGAAAGCAGCCGCGGACAGUUCAAAGAGUGAGCCGCCGAAGAAAAACUGUCGUCGGCCUUCCUCCUUGCCAAUGUGCGCCAUCGAUGCAUUUCCCCUUCCAGCCCCUAUGAGACCCUUGCCAUCCUUGCCCGAGCUGGGUCCUUCUGUUACUGUCCAUGAGCGGGCCGCGGCCGCCCGGCCUGCGUCCUCCACAAGGCUCAUGCUUGACGCUAAACGGUCGACAGUUGAGAUGAACAGCGAAUCGGCGACGGAAACAACUACACUCAAGCCAACUUCUCUAGUGCGGAUGGGUCCAAACCGUGCGGAAAGGGUCAUGGCUCAGAAGCAGCGCGAUGUAACUGCAGGACGCCUCUUUCUCAAAGGGCUGGAGCCUCCUCAAGAGGGGAAUGAAGAGGAAGAGCAGCCUUCCGGUGCUUUGACACCAGAACUUCAGAGGUCUCAAGAUGGUGACGAUGGUCCCGGUGCUCGCAAAAGUAGUGACGAGCACCGUCAGGACAGCAACACGCGGUACCAACGAAUUGUGGCUUCAGAGCCCCCCUCGCCGCCACCGCGCUCUCCCCCGCCAAUGAACCCAGCGAGACACUCCGCUGGUCUGACGGCUGGUCGACAGUUCUCUUCUUCGUCAAAGAAGUUGGAAUCCGCCCUACCUGAAGACGCCCCGCCGUCGAAGCUGAGCAAAGCAACUGGAAUACAGAGAAGCGGCAGCGUACGCAGCACUAGCACUCAAGAGCGACUGGCCAAAGAGAAGAGCCUCAAGGUUCGCUCUGAGUCGCCGCUACCAUCGUCUGACGACGACUGCACCGGUGCCAGUAAACGGACUCGUCCCACGACAGGUCGGCGUCGACGUUCGAGACCGACCCCUCUUACAUUCAGAGAGCAAGCAGCACACAGGACUCGCCUAUCGAAGAAGUCGCUCUCGACACACAAGGUCCCGCUGACUCCCAGGGAUUAUCGACCGCAGGGCUUGGAGGGCUACUCCCCGGACUCCCACUAUUCCCAGAGCACCAAUCAGUCGCAGGAGUCUCGGAGCACCAGACAGUCAUCUCAAAUCAUCCACGCUCUUGAGGAGCGCAUCACCCACCUCGAGCGACAGAACAAGAUCCUGCAAGCCGCGCUUCUGGCUGCGUUGGAUGUCGACACGAGGCAAAGUCUGGAGGGUGUGCUGGGCGGCUUGAUGACACCCCCGGCGACCGCGACACCAAACACGGGGAGGUCGUUCUCCUCGGAAACCAGUACGUCUGUGUCAACGAAACAAAGGAAGCCGUACCCGAGGACCAGGAAGCCGCCUUUUCACCCGGAGAGCUGGAUUGCGAGUCCCGAGUCGAGUCGACGCGGCAGCUAUGCGACGGACGAUAGUGCCAAUGUGCGCGAAUUGGAGGAUAUGAUCGAGGACUUUGACUUGGGCUGGACGUCGGACAAGUCGGAGACUUAGUGAGAGUUCGGGCUGUAUUGGCUGCGUUCGGGGCUGUGUCCAGUGAUUGUGGGCUGAUAUUGUGGGCUGGGAUUGCUGCACGAUCUAUGAGACUGCUUAGUCUGCCACUGCCAUUAAUCUUUCCUUGUGAUUAUUUUUACUGUUGUUGCUCGCGGCCCAACUGUACCCGACCAGCCGGGCUGUCAUUCUUUGGAUAUCUCUUUUGUGUUUGUGUUUGUGUUCCUACGAUACCACUUUGUUGCUGCG